AUGGGUGACAAAGAAAGCGAAGUUAGCUUAUGCGGUGUGCCUGAGUGGUUCGGACUCCCAGAGAACAGCACAGCUUCGUACGUAAACGAUAUCUUCGUCGCCGUAUUUACAGCUCUCUUGUGUUGUUUCGCAAUCUGUAGCAACUUGCUCAUUAUUGUGACAACUGUGAAAACUCCGUCAUUACAGAAGCCAUGCAAUAUUCUGCUGUGUAGCUUGGCUGCUGCAGAUUGGCUUACUGGUCUAACAUCUAUGCCAAUGUUCGCCGCUUUGAGGUUGAUAAUUCACCGUGUUCCCUCGACAUGCAGUUAUCAAGAAGACCUUUUUACCGCCUUCUAUGCGUCUAUCAUGUUAACAUCUGGAUGGUCGUUUGCUUUUUUAACUUUCGUCAGCUUUGAUCGCCUCAAUGCAUUGUCAAGACCAAUUUCCUACCGUCUGCGUGUAACUGUCGAAGGUAUUUCAUUCCUUUUAUUCCGUAUUUAUAACUUAAGCAUCAGCACCUUCAGAAGGUCUCAGAAUGUAGGUUGUAUAAUAUCCAAGCUGACUUACAGUAGAAAACUUUGCUAAUGAUUUAACUUCCACUGAAAAACUUUUAGGAGACUCAAAUAAAACAAUUUCCCUAAAAACUGACUCGCUAGUAUUUGAAUAAGAAGCGGACUCGUCAGAUUAUUGAUGCAAAACUCCAGGAAGAAGAAAUUUACAGAUGUAAAUGAAAAGGAUGAGCUUAAAGGGAAAUUCUUCAGCAGUAAGUUUCCUUGAAAAGUGUACUUGACAAGUUUUCUUCCGUAAGUGUGAAGCAAGCAAUUUUCUUUUCUUAACUCGUACAGUUAUCAAGUGACACUUCAUGCCCAUGUGAUAGAGACCUCACACGAGUUAUCUGAUACAUAGAUGUUCUUAAUUCUCUUAGGGACAGUAAAGACGAUGUCUUUUAUUGGAGUAAGUUGGUUUUUGCUAACAAUCUUAGCUCAAUUACUCCUAUCCUCGAUACUGGAAUUAGUAUUUUCCAUGACAUUGAUAGCCAUGUUCAUAAUCAUCCCGACUGUAAACCACAUAAGAAUGUACCUAGCAAUCCGCCGCCACAAUAAGGAGCUCAGACGAUCGGUUGCAUCAGUGAGGCUGACAACUGUGUUACGAAGGGAGAAGAAGACUGCCAUUGAUAUGUUUGUUAUUACUAUGGUUCUCCUGCUGUGUCUGGUACCGGCAAUUUUGAUCAAGCCGACACAGGUUCCUUUCCCAAGAGUUUACUCUUUUUUGCAGCCUUGGUCCAUAGCAAUGGUGUUUUCAAACUCUGCUUUGAAUCCCCUGAUUUACACAUUAAGAAACCAAAGUCUUAGGGAUGCAAUGAGGAAUGUCAUUCUGAGGCGAAAUAGGAGAGCGAUUGGAAUUAUUACCAGCGAGAGCGGUGGCAGAACUCAGGAGCUGGUCAUGUUCUAA